GCGGGCGGCGUCGGCGCUGAGGGGAGGGCUGCGGCCGAUCCCGCCUCCUCUCGCGGUUCUUGGCGCCGGCGGAGGCUGAGCCGGGCCUGUGUGUUGCCGGCCGGCGAAGGGGCUGGUGGCGUCACCGAAGGGGGUACCAUGGCGCAGCCGGGCACGAGCCAGCGAGGGUCCGGGAGGACGUCGGAGAAGGAAGAGGCGGCGGCGGCGGCAGCGAAGGAGGCGGAGGCUGCCUUGGAAAGGCAUCAGGAGCUGCUUGCAGGUGGGAAGCAGAAGCGGCAGGAGGCGAACGCGUGAGAGAUUCCUGGAUGGAUGGAUGGAUUGGGGGGGACGCUGGAACCAAGCCGGCGGUGUGCCUGGAGGUGUUCCGGGGUCACUGGAGAAUGAAGGAUAGGAGACGCGGGAAGGGAGAGGAGGAGGAAGAGGAAGGAGGAGGGUGACUCAGAGGGAAAAUGCACAUGCUCCGAAGCAGCGUUUAAUGCCACAAAAGAAGAAGUGUCGGGGUUCAAAUUCGCCUAGAUCCCGAACUGAACAGUCUUCCCACAUAAUCCGUGGCUGGCCGGUUCUCGGUUUUCUUGGGCACUCUGCAGAUGCUCAGAGGGACGCAUUUAUUAAGCCUUUCAAGUCGAGACCUUUUGAAAACAAGUUCUGGGGGGCCCGAGGCCUGUCAGGAGCCCUACUUGGGAAGUUUGCUGUGCUCUCAUGGGUGUGGAGGCCCGUAUGGCGUGAUGUGGGCCAGUUCUUCCACGUUGGACCUCAAAGCAGAUAAUUCAGGUUCAAGACUCAUUAGUCAUAAAUCUCUGAAGGUGAUGUUGGGCAAUUGGGAUAUUGUGGGUGGCCUGUGGCAUUCAGCAGGAAGGUUGUGUUCAUUCCUAUGGUACAAGUUGCUGUUAGCCUGCUUUAUGUAUUUAUUUACUCCUGGAACCCAAGGUUCCCAAGCAGUCACCCCUCUGGACACUGACCAGAUCAAUACCAGUUUAGCUUCAUGCACUGUGGUGGCUUCAGAGUUUGAAUCGUAGCCAUUGGUCUUCUGAGAACAGAUUUCCUAUAACAAGAAGUGCUUUAAAUAUAAUAAAUACUAAUGAUGAGCAUUAUGCAUGAAGGAAACCAGUUGUUAGGGGCCUAGGAAAGUGGUGUGGAGUAAGGAAUGUAGUUCAGGAGUUGAGUACAAAAAUGCAUUAACUUUCAGCUGUUUUAUUCAGAGUGUAAUAUUCACAGUGGGACUUCUGUGUAUAGUUCCAGCUGUGAGGUUAAGACAGGUCCCAUUGAUUCUUAAGGUCUUAGAGACAAUAGUGAAGAACUUCUUGCAAGUCUUUCCAAACCUUCAUGUGAAUAAAAUUGGCACAGUAGUUGUGAUUGAAUUAGAAAGGGAUGUCUGCAAUGUCAUAUGUGAUGCCUGCCAGACGGUUAUCAGUGAUGGGGUAUGUCUAGCCUCUUCAGCAAAGAUUCCUUGGGAACAUAUGUUGAAUGCAUAUCCCAAAUCUGAGGUGUCUUUCACUAUACACUUGCAAUCUCUGUAGACUUAUUUGGAAGGAUGCCCAAUUGUUCUUGGUGGGAUUAAGUUGCUUCCUCUAGGCUGUAUGAAAGACUCUUCUGGGAGAUUUCCCACCUUCCACAAGCAUACAUUUCCCACCUGGAAUAGAGCUGAUAGUUGAAAAUGAAGUAGGAUUAUGUGUUGCGUUUUGUGGGAGUGGGCUUGGAAAGAGAAGUUGUUUUAUUAGAAUAACCUUGUGAUGACCUAGUGUGUCGUUACUGGUUCUGAGUGAAAAUUCAUUUUACUGAUACAGGGUAAAGUUGAACUGCGGGAAGGCAGAGCAAACUGCUCACAAGUGAGAAAAUGCUUCUCUCCAAAAACAUUUUUCUCCCAGCGUAUUAGUGAAGCAUGUUUUUGUGUGUGAAAUGUUCUCUUUGCCAUAUUUGCCAUAACUUUCAUGUAUUCAGAUAGACAGGUCUCCUAACAUCUUUCUCAUGCUUUUCUGUCAGGUUACAUUUUAGAUGGGAACACUGCUAAUGAUGGCAUUAGUUUUAAGACAUAAGAUACUGUUCAUGCAGGGCUGCUCAGAAAGGACUGAGCCUAUUCCUAGCCUCCCAAGUUUCUUACUUGCCUGCUUUUUUUAUUAAGAGAGGUCCUACUUAUUGUACGCUAGAAACACAACAGCCUGACAGUGGAAAAACUUGAGUUUUCUGUUUCUUCUUUGCCAGUCCACUGUAUUUCUGUGGUGGCUGCAGAGGAAGUGAAGCCCCUUUCUUUUAGCCAGAAUGGGUGCUAUACAGGCUGGCAAAAGAGAAACAAGUACUCUGAUUCUCUUUGCUAAUCCACUCACCCAUCUGUGUUGAGUUCCUGGUUGGCAGUGGAAACCAGGUGAGUGGUUAAAUACAAAACUGGGGUAACUACAUUUAUUUGAGGGGGUGAAGGAAACCAUAUGGCUGUAUUCAACUAACUUGGUUUGCUAGUGGAAGCCAGUGCAACUAUUCCCACUAGUGCAAGAGGACUUAUGCCAUCUCCUCCGUCUGCACACUCCCCAGAUCUGUUCCAGAGGGUUGAAGGAUCCCCCAGAACAGCACAUGGGAUAUCAUUCUCUUGGGAAAGCAGAAAUGAUACAUUGAAUUCAUAGGUUGGAUACAGACCAUUUUAGUACAGUGGUACCUCAGGUUACAUACGCUUCAGGUUACAUACGCUUCAGGUUACAGACUCCGCUAACCCAGAAAUAGUGCUUCAGGUUAAGAACUUUGCUUCAGGAUGAGAACAGAAAUCAGGCUCUGGCGGUGCGGCAGCAGCAGGAGGCCCCAUUAGCUAAAGUGGUGCUUCAGGUUAAAAACAGUUUCAGGUUAAGUACAGACCUCCAGAACGAAUUAAGUACUUAACCUGCGGUACCACUGUACUUUUUUAGCAUGUACUGUAUAGCCUGCCUUUCUUGUGUCUUGGAACCCAAGGCAGCACAUGUGUGGUUUUGAGAGGAUUACCAUCCACAGACUGACCAGACCCACAUGUACUUAGGUUUCCUAAGAUGAUGGUCUUGUGGCACUUCAAAUUUUACCCUGGGUAACUAGUCCUGUCUUUUGCCUUUUAAAAUUGGGAACCCUAGUAGCUUGGUACAGGUAAGGACAUUUUGACAUUUACAGCCUGAAAGAGCAGAGUAUUUAAACAUGUACCAUAAUUGGUCUAAACUGGCAUGGCGACAUUGUUGUAGCCCCAUUAUAUUAGAUGCUUUGGAAAUCAUUGUUAUUUCAGAACUUGACAUAGUUAUUCAGAGUUGCUGCACUUCAAAUAUUAAAGCCUAGUCUAUAAAUUUGCUAUGUUAUCCAGUUUAGAUAUAAGUGGGUAAGGAAUAGAGGAAGCACAGUAAAUGCUACUUUAUGAUUAUGUGUUCUUACUCUGACUCUUAACUGGCUGUGGCAAACUCCUGUAAGUGAAAUUACUUGUGUCAAAGACAUUUAAAACGUUGGCUUUGUCACAAGGACUUUAAAAUUAAGGUAAACAGUACAUUCUAGUUUUAACAUAAUUCCUUUGGUUCAGUGGGCUUAUCACAACAGUGCAUCAAAAUAAUGUUCAGUAUCACUUUUAUAUUGAACCGUUUUUCAUGUUGGAAUAGUAAUUGAAGUGCUUUUGCCAAAUUGAAGUUGUAAUUACAGAUAUCUACUGUACUUGAGAUGAUUGAGUGCAGUUAAAUGUUAACUCUCAGUUCUUUGCAUAUAAUGUCACUUGAGUGGUCCUAAUGAUUUUUUUGAAUUUAUUUGCAAUAGAAUUUGUUCCAAAUUGAAUCAUGAUAUACUCCCUGUGCAAAAAGCACUCUAAUCAAAGUAAAAUUUAAAAGUGUAAUGCAUUGGAAACUUGUAAGCUUUGUUUAGCCUCCAAUGCAAUAGCAGUUGUUAGAAAUUGGCAUGUAAUGUGGAAAUUGAACUUUUAAAAUGAGCAUAAUUUCAAGAGCUUAAAAAAAAUGUAAUGGCGGGGGGGGGGGGAAAUCAGGUAAAAAAGGUUAUCAGCUUAUCUUCUCAAAACCCUUGUUGAGUUUGGCAUUUUAAAAUUUCAUAGGUCUUUGUGGGUUGUGCACAUAUUUCAGACCUAACAUGAAUGCACAUUCAUACAAUUACCUGUAGGCAUAGUUGCCUACAGCAUAGAUACAGUGCCAUGAUUUGUGAUGUUGGCUUGCUGGAAUAGCAGUGUGACACCCAGAGUGUACAUUUGCUGCUGUAAGAAAUGUGAAAUUCAACUGCUACUAAACAAUUAUCUUUCUUUCUGCUGACAGUAAUGAUUUUAUACAGAUUCUUCCUCGGAGGCACUGAUUUUAAGAGGAGUAAUGAAACUUCAGGUGUAGCUGUGUAGAUGGUGUGCCUUCUGUUAGACAUAUGAGGCUUUAUGAAAGCAUGCUACACAAGUGUAGUAACUUCAAGGCAAAUUGCUAAAUUCAGAACACUUGUUAUGCCACGUCAUAUGAUUUUCAUACUUAUGUGGCAGUUUCAUCAUCUCUGUACUCCUCCUGCCAGCUCAUAACGAUGUAACAUCACAAGAGGGAAUAUUCAGUACACAUUGCAUAAUCAUGGCACCACCAAUUGUAAUAAACAUUCUGGGAUUAUUAUUAUUCUUGACAGAUAAGCAGGGUGGAUGAUCUAGCCAGUUUACUACAAAGUAGCAGUCUCACACAGUUGCCUGCCUGAGUGAAAUAGUUGUAUCAGGCAAGUUGGUCAUGGGCAUGUUUCCUUUAUCCAUCAAUAGAAGCAAAUUUAAGAAGAGAUGAACUUAUUGCUUGAUUAUCAUCACUAAAGUAAGCUAGGGAAGUAGACUUGAGUGAGCUCUAGUUACCUUGUCAAACUCCAUUUCUUUUACAGGAUUCUUGCCAAAGUAGUAGGUAUGAUGGUCAUCCGAACUGAAUUUGCCCAUUCCCGUCCAUUUUAGUUCACUGAUGCCCAGGAUGUCAAUAUUUAUUCUUGCCAUCUCAUUUUUGACCACAUCCAACUUACCAAGGUUCAUGGUUCUUACAUUCCAGGUUCCUAUGCAAUAUUUUUCUUUACAGCAUUGGACUUUCCUUUUGCUUCCAGGCAUAUCCGCAACUGAGCGACCUUUCGGCUUUUGCUCAGCUGCUUCAUCCACUCUGAAUCUACUUGUACUUGUCCUCCGCUCUUCCUCAGUAGCAUGUUGGAUGCCUUUCGACCUGAAGGGCUCAUCUUCCAGCGUCGUAACUUUUAUAUGCCUGUUGUCUUUGUCCAUGGAGUUUUCUUGGCAGGGAUACUGGAGUGGCUUGCCGGUUCCUCCUCCAGGUGGAUCACGUUCGGUCAAAACUCUCCACCAUGACCUGUCCAUCUUGGGUGGCCCUGCACGGCAUAGCUCAUAGCUUCUCUGAGUUAUUCAAGCCCCUUCGCCACGGCAAGGCAGUGAUCCAUGAAGGGGUGAAGUCUAAGUGCCCUUCCUCAAUUCAACCCCUCAAAUAUGAUUUGUAAGAACUCAUGAAUUAAUUAUAUUUUUGUUCCAUUUCAGGAAAGGCCCAUAAAGAAGGUGGAUCUGCACGAAUGUCCCUUCUCAUAUUAUUGUCCAUCUUCUUAGUAGCUGCAUCUGUUAUGUUUCUGGUAUAUAAAAACUUUCCACAGCUGAGUGAGUAAGUAUGACAAAGAAUUUGCUUUGUUUCCAGCAAAUGUACCUAAAGAACCUUACAAACCUAUAGAACUCAGAAGCGAAGGACACAGUUCAUUGAGUUUUCAGAAAGGAACCAUGUGUAUAAAUGUCUAGUUUUGAUAUCAAAAUUUACCAGUAAGCCACAAGGUACGCUACCUGGCUCAUUCCUGUCAGAAAUUUGACAUAACCAUUUAAAGAUUACUGACAAAGAUUUUUUGUUCAGACAAUACAUUAUGGAAGCUUGUUGUACUACUAUAUCAAAACACUUCAUAUUGCUGGUUAACCCCAAUCUUAGUUUUAAUAUGUCACAGUGUGUAAAUUUCCCAGGUGGAUAGUUGUAUAUUCUGGGAUUAGAGGUUAAACUAACCACCUGUUAAUGUCUGGCAGAGCUGAGCUGUCCAAUUCAAAAUUAUGUCAUCAGACAAAACUUGGACAAAUGCUCAUUUCUCUACACAUUCACACUACAAAAAGCUGUUACGAUUCUGGGUUCAAAGUAGUUUUUAACUAUUGGAGCUCCCCUCUCCAAAAAACCAAACAAACUCUGGAAUUGUAGAUUUCUGAUUAUGCUGAGCACUGCUGUUUCAAAGAUUUGUGAUAGUUAGCUGUUACUGUUUAACUGACGUGGAAGCAGUGUUAAAAACUCAGAUAUAUAAGCUAAGUGCUAAAUGGCACCUUAAACCUAGGUUACGGUUGCCGCAAUGGAAUAUCUGUUAGCUAGGGGUUUGCCUGAUUGUCCUUGGGGUCUCUUUCAAUGCUAUAAUCCUAUGAUUCUAUGAUAUCAACUACAUUGCUUGACUGUAGCUUGCUCUUACAACAAUUCACUUGUCCCAGUAUGCAAGAAGGAGAAACACACACAGUGGAAACACACAGUGGAAAUGAAAAUGGUAUUAACUAUGGACUAAGCCAGAGGUUUUUAAAUUGUGGUCUGUGAUGAUGGAGGACUAAGAUGACCAGCAACGGCUCCAUGAUUCACAGGGCAAUACAGAAGCACAAGAUGCAUGUCUUUUGCUGUGCACAAGUCAGCAGACUCGGUGCAGAUAGCAAUCACCAACCUGUCACCCAGAAAUCUCCACGUAGUCACAACUGGACCAGCUCUAGUAGCAAAACACACCUGGCACCUGGGGAAUUCCAAACAUUGUGUGGAAGUAGCUUACAUUUGUAGUGUAGAUGUGGCCAUAGAGCUUCUUUGUAUGUUCUGCUAAGAAUCACCCAAGCAUAUUCCAAAAAAUAAUAUCUACAGGUAUUUGAAAGGAAUUACUUGCUUCCAAAGAUGCAGAGAUUUGGGGUAUUCUCUGUAGAUGUGUUAUCUAUUGAAGCCCUUCUCUAUCUCUGAAGGAAUGUUUUGUCCAGUUUGAAAGCAAAGUGGAUAAAAAGUCUAAACACCACAAACAAUUACUCUUCUCUCCUAAAGCAUAGAACAUGUGUUCCAUCUGCUUGUAUUAAAAGUUAUUGAGUUGUGCCUGAAUAUUAUGUUGAAUACGAUGUGUGGCCUUGCUUUGAACAUUGACUUUGAUUAAUAAUUGCUGGAGCGGAGGCAAAGGUUUUGAUAAUAUCAAACUGUCUAGUAAUUUCUGAACAACUGAUGUUUUGAUGUAGUACCUUUGAUACUUCAACAGGUUACAGAAUAACAUCAAGUAGUAGUUUAAAGCUGGCUGUAUGUAUUACAAAAUCCAAUAAGUCAAACAGUGUAAUUAGUAUUUUACAUUAAAUCUUAAGAGUGCAUGAUACAUUAUGUCACAGUGCCAUUAGUAUCCCUGCUGUUUGGGGCAAGCAUCUGCUGUUUAUGCUGGUAACGUCAUCUGAUUUUUUUUUCCCCCUACAGAGAGGAGAGAGAAUAUAUAAAGGUUCCCAGAGACAUGGAUGAUGCCAAAGCCUUAGGAAAAGUUCUCUCUAAAUACAAGGACAACUUCUAUGUACAAGUCUUAGUGGCCUAUUUUGCUACUUAUGUUUUGUAUCCUUAUUUGAAAGAUACACAUAGCUGUGGCUUUCUGGAAUAUGACAUGAAGUAGUUUCCAGGCUCUUUUUUCUGUGUGGUGGUGAUGGACCCUCUUGAUUACAUGGAUUGGGUUCGAAGAUAAGUGAAUAGAUGGAAGUUCAUAGAAGAAAAGGUACCCAUCCCCUGUACCUCCUGAAAGGAUCCAUGGGGUGGGGGCUUUUGAACAAAUGGAAUGUGGGGAAUAACUUUAAGAGCCAUUAAGAAUUUGUGUGACCGUACUUGGCAUCUUUAAAUAUAGAACUGCUGGUAGUUAACAGUGUGUGGUUUUCAUUGGUUUGUAUAAAAAGGCCCUUUCCCCACUUCAGCAUUGAACAUGUUUAUUUCAGAAUUUUCACAUGUAAGAUUGGACCAGAAAGGUAGAAAAAAAGAAAAAUGGAGUACAUUGUAUUGUUGGGGGAUUAAAUUCAAGAAGCCAAGGCUGCAUUCCUAAAUAUACAGUACUUACUAAAGAAUAUGCUUCAUUGUAGGCAAUGGAAACUACAUCUAAGUGAAGAUAGGUUUCCUUUGCAAAUAACUUUGUUUUGAAACUAUAAAAUGAUUUAUGAAAUAAGGUGAUUUCAUCCUUAAUAACACUCCUGUGAGUUGAAUCAUUUAAUCCUAGAGGAUGAUGAAAGCAGAGAGAAUGCCACUGCCUUUGGAAUCUGAGCAGGGAUUAUCCUGCAUUACCCUGGCUUGAUUUAUUCCAUGAAAGGGGAACCUGUGGUCUUCCAGAUGUUAGACCACAACUUGUGAUGUUCCUAACCAUUAGCCAUGCUGGCUGGAUGAGUGAGUCCAGCAACUUCCCGAAGGCCACAGAUUCUCUAAGUCUGCUUUUUUCCAUUUCAAGUGGGAGAGAUUUAUCAAUUUUAACAGAACAUUAGUAAUCAAUAAUUGAAGGAACUUUUGAAACUGAUUUUAAGAAGCAACCUAACCUGGUUUAAUCCUGUAUUUUUAAGAUGUGAAAACUGCAUCGGAAGUCAAAGGGGUUAAGAGCAUUUAGGAAGACUUGACUUAUUUGCAUAAAGGAAUAUUUUUGUGCUGUGAAGUUGUUUAAAAAAAUUCUUAACGCAUAGGCAACCUGUUAAAACAAGCAGCUUUAUUUUUAUUGGUGGUUAUUCACCCCGUGGGGAUAGAAUAUGCUAAUUUGCUAUUGCUAGGUUGUUAACAACACUUGGAUAGAAAUGAGUCUUUGAUUCACUUAGCUAUUUAAAAGUUGUUUGAGGCAUGCUUCGUUAGUGCUAUGUGAACAACUUUUAGCAGCUGUAAACAAGGCUAUUUAAUGGUACCAUUGAAUAGUACUUCAUAGUACAAAAUUAUGUUUUGUAAGAGUUUGGUUCACAGAACUUACAGUAAGCAGCCUACACAGAGGUAAAGCUGAGAUUCAUUUAUUAUAUUCCUGCCCUGGGACCCAAUAAAGGUUAGAAAUACCACAGUUUUUUUAAAAAAACAAGAACACCCAAUGUGAACCUUUAUUGGUAUCUAAAUUAGUAGAACAUCAUAGUCUGUGAACCACCGUGACACCUCCAGGUAUAAGGCAGUAUAUAAAUUCAGUAAAUAAUAAUAAUAGUCUGUUCUAUACAUUGCAGAAUGAAUGUUUCAGAUUUGACUAAGAGCCAGGUACCAGCACAAGUCCUGCUAAUACAUUGGGGCUUUCCCCUCUCUUCCCCCUGUGGACCCCCCCCCCCAAUUGACUGUGGGGAAGGGAGAGCAUGUCAGAGGAUGCUGCAGAAACACACACAGAGGAGAGGGGAGAUUUUUCCAUCUGGCAAGCUGAAAUGCUUGUGUUUACAAAACAACAAUUGUGAAAGUCCCCAACACGUUUGAAUGGUCUUUUCCUGACAAUCCUCUCCAGGCUGCAGUCAUCCCUGAUGCUUGUGCACCUUUUUCUUCCACACUUUCCCCUUCCACAUAACUUUCCAUUAAUGUGCUUCGAUACAGCACUUUGGGAACAUCCAACUUCUUCUGCAAUUGGCUUUUGAGGCUUUCCCUCCUUAUGGAGGGUCUCAAUGAUGGCUUUCUGCAUAACUGUCAGGUCAGCAGCCUUCCCCAUGAUUGUGCUUCCUACUAAACCAGACUGAGAGACCAUUUAAAGGCUCAGGAACCCAUUGCAGGUGUUAUGGAUUGAAUAGCUACUGCACCUUUUCACAAUAUUCUAAUUUUCUGAGAUUGUUAAUUUGGGGUUUUCAUCAGCUGUACACCAUAAUCAUCACAAUUAUAACAAAUAAAGGCUUGACAUAUCUCGCUUUGCAUGUCAUGAGUCUAUCUCAUAUAUUAGUUUUACCUUUUAAGUUGAAUUACUGAAAUAAAUGAACUUUUCCAUGAUAUUCUAAUUUUUUGAGUUUCAAAAAAUUUCAAAUAUUAAACCAUCUUUUAAAUUGUUUUCAUUGGCAAUACUUUUGAUAUAUAAAUUAUUUAAAAUUGUAUUGGUUUUAAAUUUUUAAGGUUGUAAUCCUAUGUACCUUGGAGAAAGUUUUAUUAAAAACAGUCAGACCUAACUUCUGAGUAAACAUGCAUUAGUAUACUCUGCAUGUUCAAAACAGUGAAGUAAUGUUGUCCUUAACUAAACCUACCAUCCAGUUUGCAAACCUUUGCUAUUCCUGGAUCAAUAUUUCUGAGUAUACUUUCAGGAUUUCUCUACCCUUUCCCUCUAGCUCUAUUUCUUGUUUGUUUGGUAAGUAUUAAUUACAAAUACAGAAUGCUUUUCUUCAAAAUAUUUGUUUAAGGUAUUUGCUAUUUAGUGCAGCAGCAGCAGAUGAUGUGAAUAGUACAGCCCUAACCUUUUAAUAUUUAACAAUUGAAGUAAUGAACAGGGGAGUUCUUAUUAAUUAAAUGUUUAGCUAUUAAAUGUUUAGCUAUUACUUUCUUAGGAAGUUCAAAGCUGUUUACAAUAAGACAGUAACAAACAAAAUAGUAAUAUAACUGAAAAACAACCUAGAAAUAGACACAGAAAGAAUGUUGAAAGCAACCUAAAAACCUGCUGGCAGAGGUUUGCCUCAGGACCAAAAUACACAUUACUUACGCUAAAUAGAUUUUUCCCAUUUAAUUGCAAGUGUCUCUUCCCUGGUGUGCUGUGAGACUGCAGCAUAAGGAGAAGUUUAAUUUAACCUUUCCGUUAUGCUGCAGUGGGUACCAACGGGAACUUCUCCCUUAAGCCUAAUUGAGGUGCAGGGGGCAUCUUGAUUGGGGUCAUUGGUGGGGAGAGAAAACCCAAACUUCCCUUCCCGGUGGAGCCCACAUCUGUAAAGAGAGAAGAAUUGUUCUGCUUCUGUACACAAUCACUUGUGUAUUUAUCUUUUUUAUUGGAUUUGAAAAGGUGUCCUCAGGUUGUAUCCAAUGUUAGUCAUAUUCAGAGGAGACCCACUGAAAUGAAUGGACCCAAGUUAAACAUGUACAUUAAUUUCAUUGUGUCUACUCUGAGCAGUUGGGUGCACUGAUUAGAAGAUAGGGUAAGAAUAUUUUAAAUAUAUUCAGCUGGCUCUGUUAAAUAAACAUAGCAAUAAUUGUUUUAUGUAAAGUAGGACUGGCUUUUCCUCCACUGAAUUUUAACGCUAACAAAGAAAGAGAAUAGUUAAUAGAAAUGUAGCAUUUACUAGUGAGGACAGUAUACUAAAUCUUGCUCUCCUGGGGCAGCUGAAAUUUGCUUUUGACAUAAGGGGUGGUAGUGAUGAAUCAGCUCUCAGAAAGGAGUACUUUCUAAUGGACAAAGUUGAAUAAGUGAUAGCAAAAUAAUAAUUUUACUAGAUAGUAUUCAACUAAGUUUAGCCUGGAGUAGACCCGAUGAAAUUACUGAAAGUGACUAAAUUAGGUCCAUUAAUUUCAAUGGGUUUACUCUGAGUAAAACAGAAACAUUGGGUGGGAUUCACAUAACACAUCCUGCUUCUGCAGCAGGGCUUACCCCUUAAUUCCCGUGUUCUCAUAUCAUAUUAGCAAGCUAAUAUGCUUGUGCAGACAGAAUGUUUGUAAUAGUGCAAUGUUCAAUUCCACCCACUUCUCUGGUGGCUAUAAAUGUGAGCAACUGGAAACCAAUUUAAAUGCAUUAAUUAGGGUGUGAUGUACAUCCAUUUCCAAGACUUGAAACAACUUCUUCAGAAAAAGGAAGGGCGUUAUGGUUAGGGUCACUUGCAAAACGCUAUGUGAAGGCAAUUUGGAAAUGGUGGCCUCAGUGCACCAUGUUGUGGACAGCUAGUCACUUGUAACAACAGAUGGCCCCAGAUGCAGACACACGAACACCCUUGUAUAAUAAAAGUCCAAUUCAAAUCAGUUUAAAAAGAGUUUUCUGUAGUUACUACUAUUUUGAAGCUUCUUGUACUAGAGUUGAAGUGUGUGUUCAGCAGAAUCAUACAGACAACUCAUACAUGGUAAGAGAGUUUCUAGACUAGUUUUCUCUCAGAUAUGCUAGUUUUCUGCAUGAAAGAUUUUCUUUUUAACAUAAAGGGGAGUACUAACAAAGCAGUCGCCUAUAGGUGGUCUGAGGUGAUACAGUUCUAACUAAGAGUAAUAUUGAAUGUAUAGAUAAAUGCUUAACUACAUUGAUUAUUUGAAACCCCAUUGCAUGUUAAUCAUGUGAAGGAUGAAUAUAUGAGAGUCUCAUUUUCCAUUCAUUUGCAGUGCUCUGGACUUGGGGCCUCUUUCUGUUAUAUGCUGUCCUAUUUAGUUGGAAGACCUGUUGUUUAUAGAUAUUUAACAGAGAAAGCCGUGAAAUGGUCACAGCAGGUAAAGUCACUCUGGUGGAACAUCUGUCCUAAAAGCUUACAUUUAAGUAUAAGAGGAUAGGAAUUACACAAAUACAGUGGUACCUUGGUACUCGAACGGCUUGGCUCCUGAACAAAUCGGCUCCCAAACGCCACAAGCCCAGAAGUAAAUGUUCUGGGUUGUGAACAUUUUUCAGAAGCUGAACUUCCGACGUGGCUUCCGCUUGAGUGCAGGAAGUUCCUGCAGCCAAUUGAAAGCUGCGCCUUGGUUUUCAAAUGGUUUUGGGAGUCAAACAGACUCCUGGAGCGGAUCAAGUUCAAGAACCAAGGUACCACUGUAUCCAUUUCCCCCCACUCCUGGUCACAACCUGGAUUUCAUGCUAAACCAUAGUUCAGUGUGACAGGAAUGAGUCUAGAAGUAAAUUUUGGGCUUGCAUGCCGUUCGUGCUAAACCAUAGCUUGUGUCGUCUGAUUUGACAAACACUGGUUAAUGUUAAUUUCAAGCAAGCCAACUUGAAACCAGUUGUAGCAUAUCUCUUUCCACCCCUGCUUUCCCCAAAGUAACAGCAAAUAUUGGGUUUUGGCAAUAUGUCAACCACAGGUUCUCUUUGUUGACAAUGGAAUGAGUUGCUAGUGGGCUGUUAUGUCUGUGCCCUCAAGCCUGGAAACUCUCAGCUGCUUUCUGGACCAUUUACUACUACUACGUCUUCUUCUUCUUCUUUUUCUUCUUCUUCUUCUUCUUCUUCGUAGUAAUAGAAGUAACAGCAGUGGUAGUAGUAAUAAUAAUAAUAAAUUUUAUUGUUUUAUUUUUCUGCACAUACUUUCACGCCCCUACCUAGAGAAUCCCCUAUGUAGAAAUUGCUUCCUUAUUUUGGGAUAGCCCAGGUUAACCCCUCAGCCACCUGAGUUCACUAUUAGAGGGGUAAAGUUGGACCUAUAACAAAGCAUUGCAGUAUAGGGUAUUCUUGUUCCCUGUUCCAGUCAAUCAGCCAUGGUCCUCCAUGAUGCUCUAUUUUGUUCUCUCUCUUACCCAGUUUGGGGAGGGGUUUUUCAUCCAACAGUCAGCAUUCCCUGGCCACUCCGUCCUCGUUUGGCUUUUUUUGGGUUUGCCAGCAUCCUUAGUUCCUCCCCAAAGGUUUUGUUGUUGUAAUUCUGUGAACCUUGGGGGUUCAACCAGACUUGCUGCUUUCUCCCUCCUGUGUGUGAAUGGUUCCAUUUUAGCUAUGCGAAGACCAGCACUUGCAAGUAAACUUUGGAAAUAGAGGGAAUGAUUAUGCAAUUAAGAUUGCUGCUAUGUUUCUAAAAUAGGAUUCUUUUAAUUUGGAAUUUUUAUAUCCCAACAGGUUGAACGACACAGAGAACACCUCAUUAACUACAUAAUAUUUUUGAGAAUAACUCCUUUCCUUCCUAAUUGGUUUAUCAAUAUAACAUCUCCUGUAAUAAAUGUCCCAUUGAAAGUAUUUUUUAUUGGUACUUUUCUAGGUAAGAAUUCAGAUUAAAGAUUUGCUAAAUGUGACACUAUUUUCCUUUCUGCAUGCUUCAUUAGUACACAGCCCCAUCUCUUGGGCAGUUGUAUAAAUUUUGAAUAACUGUUUUUGCAUAUUCUUAUUUUAGUGCUUUAUUUAUUUUUAGUUGUUAAGGAAUGCAGGCUGUAAAUUUCACAGCUAAAUAAAAAUGAGCUGAAAUUCUACAUAUCUAUCAUAGGAUACAUUCCAUUUUGGAGCCUACUCUGUGGCAUGAUUGUUGUGAAGAAAUCCUACACCGCCACCAUUGUUUUGUCUGCUCAUUGGAUCUGUUCAGAAUAGUAAAAAGGCCUGUUGCAGUCUGGCCAGCAGGGGGAUGGUGACUGCUUUGCAAGAAGCUUUUCAGAUAAAGUUGCUAGCAUCCACUACAGUGUGGAUGCUAUGUUUAUUUCUGAAUCAGUGCCAGUGAUCACACAGGGCUCCUGACUGUUCACUUUGUAUUGAAUACCUUUCAACUUGCACAACCUGAAGUUGUGAAAAAGUUAUCUGGAGAACCAAGACCCAUGAUAGGCACUUUGGAUCCUUGGCUUCUGUGGCUUAUUAAAACUGCAAGGCUUGGUUGGGUUAGUCAGCUGUGUCACAUAAGUAGAGAAGGCAAAGUGCCAGUGACACAGAAGCAGACAGAAGUGAAAUCCUGGGUUGUAGCUUUCAGAAGGUGGACCUUGGUGAUUACUGAUUUGGCCUGUAGCUUUUGGCCUGCAGGAUGCCACAAGGUUCUGUCUUGACCCCAUGCUUAUUAAUGCCUGCUUUUAAGCAGGCAGCAAAUACAUUUUUAUUUAGGCUGGUUGUUUUGGAAUCUCCAUUUUUCAUUCUUGAUUGCUUUAGUUAUUGGGGGGGGGUUAUAAGUGCUUUUUAUUGUAUAAACCAUCUUGUACAUGUUAGUUACAAGCUGGAAUAUAGAUAAUACUUUAGUGUGGUAACCUAAAUAAAAAUGCUUUAAAAAUAGAAUCAUAGAAUUGCAAUGUUGGGGGAGAACAGGUUCUUCCUUCAUGACUUCUGUUUUGUGUUUAAUUUUUCCCCCCUGAUCCAUUUUUUUUGUCUUUUAUUUCCAGGUGUUGCGCCACCAUCUUUUGUAGCAAUUAAAGCUGGAACAACGCUCUACCAGCUUACAACAGCAGGUGAAGCAGUCUCCUGGAACUCUGUUUUCAUUCUCAUGAUUCUAGCUAUUCUCUCCAUUCUGCCAGCUAUUUUUCAGAAGAAACUUAAACAAAAGUUUGAAUGAGAAUUAGCCUGGAUCUUCAUGUCCCAUAUUUCAUCUCAGGAUCAGCACUAUUUCUAUGGUCACUUUUCUAUCGCAUCUUUCACAAUUUGAAAGGAGAGAAUUAUAAGAGAUAAAAAUGUUUCUGGACUUCUUGCUGAGUUUUAUUUAUGGGGCACAAAGACAAAAUAACUGCUGUCAGAAGAAAUUAAGAUGAACCAUAUACUUUUUUUAAAGCAUUGUUCAUUCUAACUAAUCAGUAAUAUAUGUAAUAUACAUAUGCAUAUGUAUACAUAUGUAUAUGUAUAUGUAUAUGUAUGCCUUAUCUGAUUUUGUUUGUGUAGGCUUAACAUGAUAAAUUCAUUCCUGUUUCCCCCUCAUCUUUGCACCAUCAUUCAUAAUUCUGAAAAAGUAAUAGACUGCACAGUUGUUUCUACAGCCCAGUGGGUAAUGGAUUGUAUGGAUUCUUUAUUAAUGAGCUCCUUGUGGGAGAGCAGGAAGAGAUAUUUUGACCAAUGUUUCAGAAAUUCCUAGGUUUCAUUUUGCUUCAUGCCAACUGUGGAGACACUGAAAAACAUUGAGUGACUUUCCUGUCAUAUGAAUGUUUUUGCUGGGGUUGGGGUUGAUCAGACUUUUAUCUAUCAUGGCACAUGAAAAAUGCUAACUUUUAUAUAUUUAUUUUGCCAGUAUUUCAUAUGUAUGACAGCUGUUUCCAAAAUUGCUAAUAUUUUAUUAAACUGAUUAAUCAGCUGUCAAAAAUAAUUAUUUGCAUGCAUUUAUAACUGCAUGCAAAAAUGUGGGAAACACUUUGAGGAAUUAUCAGUUUCAGUUAGUAAGCAGAAACAAUCUCAUUAUAGUUAAUUAAGUAUAUAAUGUUUGCUAGGUUUUUAUUUAUGUAGCAUGGCCAUAUAGCAUAACCUCUGGUGUAAAGAUCCAUUGGUGCUCCAAGUGCCCAAACAGUGGUUCUUCAGGCACGGAAUCCCUCAUUUGUUUUCAUGCCCCUGCAGCUGAAACAUUUUGUAAGUGCCUCAGUAUGAGGAAGCUCCAUGCCUACAUACAUACUUUCGUUGGGUUAAGGUUAUCAUGUACAAAUUGUACAUCUUGUAAAUAGACGUGCUAGGAAGAUGUGUCCCUGUUUUGAUGGAAGGCUAACUGAUGAUUAAAUUUAUUUUUGAAAUUUUAAGAGCUCUGUUAUGGUUUUUACUCCCCAAGGUAAUGAUACCUUUCCUUGAAUAAUUAUUGUUGCUAGGGGUAUUUUGUUUCUGUUUCUGGGCUUCAUUAUAUUGUUCCAGUUCAGAAUGCCACUCAAGUGUGUCCAUCUCUAGGCCUGAUUACUCUGUGCGGUUAUUUUUGUUACAAAACAAUUUUAGCCAUUUUACAGUUCUUACUAACAAAGCAGACUACAGUACUUGCCAGCUUCUGCUGUCCUCCUUUGAAUCAAGGCUAGUAUGCCAAAUUUAGUCUGUAGACAGUUAAGUACUACAUGCCCACUAGUCUGAAUAACUACCAUAUAGUACCUGUUCCAUUCCCAUACGUUGGCACUCCUUCCCUCUCAAAAUGGCAUUCUCCUACCUGGUUCACAACUCAUCUAAUGUACACAGUGUCCUUCAGUCUGUAAUCAAAGGCCCUUUGCAGUUCGCUUGAGCUGUGCAGCUCUUCAGCAGAUAAGCAUUGACUGAAGAAUGUUACAGGUCUCUUUUGUGAUUGCUCAAAAGCAGUGAUGAACAGGUAGACAUUGGCAGUGUGGGUGGAUGAUGGCUCCAGUAGUGAAAGACUCUGAGGUCCAUAGAUGUUUGGCAAGCAAUCUGAUGUACAAGAGGCAAAAUUAUGCUGUUUGAAAUGCAGAAAUGGUUAUUCACUAAAACGGUACAAUCCAUUAAAAGCUAGUUGCAAGCGCCAUUGAAAGCAAUGGAAUGGGUAACCUUUGCUGUAGUGUGCCCUUUUUGAGUUUAAAGCAAGCAAGGGCACACUCUAAAACUCAGCUGGUAAAAGCGGAGAUUACUUUACAUGGUUGAAAUUGCCCAUAAGUCUGUUUUUGAAGUUGCAUGGUGCUUAGUGCUCAAGUGCAUUGGGUUAUUAGGAAUAAAAACAUUCUAAUAUUUUUCUGCAAUCUUGUAAAAUAGCUUUCCUCUCAUCCUGAAAAGCACCACUUUUCAGAGGAGCUUUUGAAAUGUAAGAGUAUAUGUGAAUAUUGGCAGGUACCAAUACCUACUGCAGCCUUGUUCUUUUAUAAUAUAAUAUGGAUUGAAUCAUUUUAUUACAGUAUUAUGUGUAAAUGCAACUACACAGAAGAUACAUUAAUAUACUUCAUCAUUUGUGUUCUGCAUAUACAGUUUUUGUUGCUUUUUGCCUAUUUUUAAAAAAGUGUUGACCUGACCUCAUAAUAAAUGGUAUAGUGGCAUAACCAAAUGUUAUCUUACUAGGUAUAUUGUUAUUACUGGUUAGAUUUUUUCAGAGGUUGGUUCAGAAAUGUCUAAAAGUACACCUGUCACAACAAAUGCCACAUUAUAAUGCUGAACCAUUUUGACCUUAGUAAAACUGUGGCAGGUGAUUUGUGUAGUUGAUACUCCUGCUCUGCCGGGUCCAAACUGUGUAGUGUUCUUGUGGAUUUGAGACAACCUAAGAGGUAAUCUUCAUUCUGUCUUUGCUGUUCAAGAUACAGUACAAUGAACUGGUUGAAUUAAGUUUUCAGACAUCUUUUUCCACUACGUAACAGCCUAGGUUUUACAGAGCUGUAUGGUUUUAAUUAUAUGUAAUAAACUGAAAAUAGAACAGUUUUGGUUAUGAAAUUUGCUCCAUAAACACAGUAACUUUUUAUUUUGCACAUUUAUCAUUGCUGUAUUGUCAACAUACAUGGCCCUUCACAGUGGAACAUAAACAAAAAAUUCCAUACAAUUCUUGUCCGCUGAGGUCCUCUGAAGAAGCUCUUCUGUGGUAUGGUUGGUAAUAGAACGGAAGAUCUUGGUUGCAUCAUCUUGCCUUUGGAAUCCUGAGAUAUCUGUUUGGCCUUUUCCCUAACGGUAUUCUGCUGCCACCCAGACACUUUCUUCUGGUAAGGCUUUAUCUGAUCAUUGUUUCAUUAUGAUUGGCUCAUAGAAUCAUAGAAUCAUAGAGUUGGAAGAGACCACAAGGGCCAUCGAGUCCAACCCCCUGCCAAGCAGGAAACACCAUCAGAGCACUCCUGACAUAUGGUUGUCAAGCCUCUGCUUAAAGACCUCCAAAGAAGGAGACUCCACCACACUCCUUGGCAGCAAAUUCCACUGUCAAACAGCUCUUACUGUCAGGAAGUUCUUCCUAAUGUUUAGGUGGAAUCUUCUUUCUUGUAGUUUGGAUCCAUUGCUCCGUGUCCGCUUCUCUGGAGCAGCAGAAAACAACCUUUCUCCCUCCUCUAUGUGACAUCCUUUUAUAUAUUUGAACAUGGCUAUCAUAUCACCCCUUAACCUCCUCUUCUCCAGGCUAAACAUGCCCAGCUCCCUUAGCCGUUCCUCAUAAGGCAUCCUUUCCAGGCCUUUGACCAUUUUGGUUGCCCUCCUCUGGACACGUUCCAGUUUGUCAGUGUCCUUCUUGAACUGUGGUGCCCAGAACUGGACACAGUACUCCAGGUGAGGUCUGACCAGAGCAGAAUACAGUGGCACUAUUACUUCCCUUGAUCUAGAUGCUAUACUCCUAUUGAUGCAGGCCCAGAAUUGCAUUGGCUUUUUAGCUGCCGCGUCACACUGUUGGCUCAUGUCAAGUUUGUGGUCAACCAAGACUCCUAGAUCCUUUUCACAUGUACUGCUCUCAAGCCAGGUGUCACCCAUCUUGUAUUUGUGCCUCUGAUUUUUUUUUGCCCAAGUGCAAUACUUUACAUUUCUCCCUGUUAAAAUUCAUCUUGUUUGCUUUGGCCCAGUUCUCUAAUCUGUCAAGGUCGUUUUGAAGUGUGAUCCUGUCCUCUGGGGUGUUAGCCACCCCUCCCAGUUUGGUGUCAUCUGCAAAUUUGAUCAGGAUGCCCUUGAGUCCAUCAUCCAAGUCGUUGAUAAAGAUGUUGAAUAAGACCGGGCCCAAGACAGAACCCUGUGGCACCCCACUAGUCACUCUUCUCCAGGAUGAAGAGGAACCAUUGAUGAGCACCCUUUGGGUUCGGUCAGUCAGCCAGUUACAAAUCCACUGAGUGGUAGCAUAGUCAAGACCGCAUUUUACCAGCUUCUUUACAAGAAUAUCAUGGGGCACCUUGUCAAAUGCCUUGCUGAAAUCCCUUGCUAUUGUUUUUUAUUUGCUACUUGGGAAGAGAAAAACAGGAAGGGGAGAUGCAAGGGUUACAAGGGAUGAAUUUAAUAAGACACAUUGGCUGUGUUUGGACAAUAAAAUCUCAGCUAAAUAAGCUGAGAUACAUGCAUGCUUCAGGAACCUGAAUGCAGCUGCAAACAAGCCAGCAAAUCACAGUUAAUUAUUGCUGUUAUGUCCAACCUGGAACUAGUUUAUGGCUUCCAGCCAUGGCAGAAUAUGAAGCCAUGUUUUAAAGCUGACUUCUAUAUCCUGGCUUAUUUGGACACUAUUACCUGUAGCACUUGAUUUGCACAUAAUAGAAAGCUAUGGUUUAACUAUGACUUCCUGGCUUCUGUCACUGCUUGGUGCAAGAGGAAAAGCAACAUUCGUAUAUCUUGUCUUAUCAUCCAAAUUACAUAUUACUUCGGUAAGAUUUUGUUUCAUUAUUUGUAUUUACUAGGGAACAUAAAAUGCCUCAUAGAAACCUAAUAAAUGGAGACAGUUCUCUGUGGUCUCAAUUCUUCCCACAUGUGGGUUCAGUUUUCUGUGCAGAGCAACAUCCACAAUUGCCCAAAUAUUUGUUUUACUUCUUUAAUUUUUAUUCCCAUUUGUCUCAAGAGAAUAGCAUGAACAGUAGUAGCACAUGGUAUACAUUAUGCCCUUCUUUCAAAGUGAUUAAAUUCUGAUGCAGAAAAUUAUAUGUUGAGUAUGGUUGAGAGAUUUAUAUCCAUGCAGAAAGCAGCUUUACCAAAGAUGAAGUUCCAUCUGCUUAGUUAAAUGUAUGUGACCUAAUUCUUCAAAUGCAGAGUACUACGCUCACUGGAAGUCUUGUGAAAAUGCUUUUUAAAAAAUCAGCGUUGUUUUUCAACAAAGUAUAACGAAUCAAGAUGGCGACAACACCAUAAAACAGCCAAACAUACAUAAGAAGAGCCUGAUGAAUCAGGCCAGUGGAACAUCUAUUCCUGAAUCCUGUUGUCACAGUGGCCAGCCAGGUGCCUGUGGGAAGCACACAAGCAGGAGCUGAGCACAACUCCUCCCCUUCUGCAGUUUCCAACAACUGGUUUGUAUGGGCUCAAGUGUAACUCAAAUAGUAUCCCUCAGCCCCCAUCAAAGGUGUCUCUAAACACCCAGGUCUACUUGGCACCUAAAUGGCACAUUGCGUUGAGCCUAGGCAGGCUUCCUAAGGGAGGGCAUUCCAUAAAGUCAACACCUUCCUGUUCCUGGUAGAAUUUGUCUUGUAGAAUUGUAGAAUUAAUGUACUGUAAUACAAUGUAAAUGCUAAUUGUACUUCAGGUUACUGUGAGUAGGGUAAGAAAACUGUACUUAUCUUUAUAUGUUUCUACUUGGAACAGAUAAAGCAAUCUUUUUUUG